AGCAGAAGCUGGCUGCACGAUGCUGAGCUCAGCUCUUCCUCCUCUGCUCCUCUUGCUGACGGUACUGGAGCUCAGCUGGUCCCUGAGUGAUGAAGAGAAGAAGAUCAUCUUGGAUGGGCAUAACAAAUACCGCUCCCAGGUGUCUCCUCCUGCUAUGGACAUGCUGAAGAUGCGCUGGGACACGGAGCUGGAGGCCUUUGCCCAGGCCUAUGCAGAGAAGUGCAUCUGGGACCACAACAAGGAGCGGGGCCGGCGCGGGGAGAACCUCUUUGCCAUGGCUCCCACCCUGGACCUCGACUUCGCCGUGGAGGACUGGAAUGGGGAGGAGAAGUACUACAACUUGAGCACUGCCACCUGCGUGCCCGGGCAGAUGUGUGGCCACUACACCCAGGUGGUCUGGGCAAGCACUCACCAGGUCGGCUGCGGGGCCAAGUUCUGCGAGAAGAUCGAUGGCAUCGAGGCCGAGGGCAUGCACCUGCUGGUCUGCAACUACUACCCCCCGGGCAACGUGAAAGGUCGGAAGCCAUACAAGGAGGGACCCUCAUGCUCACAGUGCCCCGAGGGCAGAGCCUGUGUCGACUCCCUGUGUGAACCCACUGUAGAGGAGACCACUCCAGCCCCUGUGACAACAAAGGCAAGGCCACCCACCCUGAGCACAGCCCUGCCAAAACCCACAGCCACGACAGGACCCACAGCACCAGUGCCCACCACAGCCACGACAGGACCCACAGCACCAGUGCCCACCACAGCCAAGCCACCACCCAAACCCACACUUCCAACCACAGCCACACCCGAGCCUCCAACCACAGCCAAGCCACCACCACCCACCCUCCCAACCACAGCCAAGCCAAAAUCCACAACCACAGCCAAGCCACCACCCACAGCCACACUUCCAACCACAGCCAACCCAAACCUCUCAACGCCAGCAGCCAACACAACAGCAGCCAUGCCAGAACUUGUCACCACCCUCCCAGCAGCCCCAGCCAAGGGACAGCCUGCAGUACCAGCAGCCAGCACCACUGCUGUGGAGCCAAAGCCCACCACAACCACUACCACUAAGCCAACACCCACCACGGCCACCACGACACCCAAGCCAACGCCCACCACACCAAAACCCACCACACCCACCACCACCACACCAAAACCCACCACAACCACCACACCCACCACCACCACACCAAAACCCACCACAACCACCACACCAAAACCCACCACAACCACCACACCAAAACCCACCACACCCACCACCACCACACCAAAACCCACCACAACCACCACACCCACCACCACCACACCAAAACCCACCACAACCACCACACCAAAACCCACCACAACCACCACACCAAAACCCACCACACCCACCACCACCACACCAAAACUCACCACACCAAAACCCACCACACCCACCACCACCACACCAAAACCCACUACAACCACCACCACCACCACACCCACCACACCAAAACCCACCACAACCACAACAACCACACCAAAACUCACCACACCAAAACCCACCACACCCACUACACCAAAACCCACUACAACCACUACCACACCUACCACAACUACUACUGCACCCAAGCCAACACCCACCACACCAAGACCCACCACCACAGCCAAGCCAGCACCCACCACACCAACAUCCACCACCACAGCCAAGCCAGCACCCACCACACCAACAUCCACCACCACAGCCAAGCCAGCACCCACCACACCAACAUCCACCACCACAGCUAAGCCAACCCCUGCCACUACACCACCAGCACAGCCAAAGGUCACAGCAGCAGCACCAAGCACAGCAGCAAAGGCACAACCCCACCCUGCCACCAGCACCAAGCCAGAGCCUGCUGGCACAGAAGGGCCAGGUCCUACCGAGGCAGCUGAGCCAAGCCCUUCCUCUGAGCCCGGGUCAGAGCUGGGUGCUGAAGCAUCUCCUGCGGCAGGCACUGCAGAGCCUGCCAGCCCCUCGGGCACAGAGCAGCCGACCUCGUUAGAGAGCAUGGGCACAGCCUCCAGCCCCGGGGCAGCCUCAGAGGCCACUACAGGUGUGGGGGAGGAUGGCAGAGAGCCCUCAGCCGCCCCCACUCCACCUCCAGCCCUCAGCCGCUUCGCUCCCGAGCUCAGGUUAGGGUUCAAUAAAGCUGAGCUCAUGACCCCCUCCAAGUCCGAGGCUUUCAGCCCCGAGGAGCCAACCUUCCUGCGCUUAACAGCACCCUCCAAAGACAGGAGAGGGCAGAGCCCUGCUUUCCAGAGCUCCCUCUCAGCAGGCAGCCUGGACACUGAGGAGCUGGAGACAAACCCAGACCAGACGAGCAUGGACCAGCCCACGGCUGGAGCCCCCAGUGCCUGCUUGGGCCUGCCGCUCUUCCUCCUCCCCAGCAUCAUCCUGGUGGCCCUUCUGCUUUGAGUGGUCUUCCUCGGCUGUCCCUGCACCAGUCGCUAAGGCUCUCUUCAGGGGUGGCUGUGGCACAGCCCUGGGAGGCUUAGGGGGCACCAUGGACAGUUCAGGUUGAUGCUCUCUUCUUACGCUGCCUUACCUGCUCCAGCCCCGACGAGCCAAGGGCACCUGGCAGCCCCGAGGGAACUCGGUCCCCUUCCUGAGGACACCCACGGGCAGGAAGGUGUCUGCCAAAUGCUGCUGACCUUGGACGCUUCUUCUUUCUUCCCAGCCAGCCUGAGCCUCGGGGCCAGCUCCAGGGUGGAAGUGCUGAGCUCUCCCAGCGACCUGUGUGGUUGGCAGGUCCUGCUGCACCUGUCCCCGGGGAAAGCAGAGUGGCUUGGAACCCUGAGUGGUGGUGGGACCUGGUGGUUGGCUUUGGUGCCUGUGGCUGGCUUUGGUGUCUGUCUGUAGGUGAGACCUGGCUUUGGUGUUCUCAGAAUGUGUUUCCAGCAGAAAUGCUCUCCCCACCCCCACCCCUUAUGUCUGUCUCAGUCUGGCAGAGGUUUCAGCUCUUCCCUCCUUGUCCCCAGAGAGUGGCUUUGUAUUUCCCCACGAGGGUUUCUGAGUCCUUCCUAGUUCUGGAACAGCUGUGGCCAGUACCCCCAGAUGUCCUCCUUCCUCCUCCUCACACCUCUGCAGCCCUGGCCUCUGCUCCCCCUGCUCUCUGCUGCAUGCCCCCACCCACAGCUAGUCCUUGGCCACCACCGUACGCCUGUGCCCGCACCCCUGUGCCAGCACAGAAGAGAUUCUGCAGUGCUCCAGAGGGGUCACCAACUCCUCCCUCAGCUCCCUUCUGCAUGGCUUCCUUCCCUGUGUAACUUCAGUGUAGUGGAACCCAGGCACAGGUCCUGGCUGACUUCUGCUCUGUGUGUGCUGGAGCUCGGUGCAGGGGGAGCAGGAAGAAGCUCUCCAUGCCUGCAGGUGCAGCUUGAGCUCGACAGAGGCAAGUGAGUGCUGCUAGGACUUGCUGUUAGGGCAGGUCCCAGGACCUGCUGCAGGACCAUCUGGGACAUUGUUUCACUCCCCUGUGUCUCUGCUCCCUUCACCUGAGGGUUCCCAGCCAGGUGUGUUCAGUCUGUGACAAGCUUUACAGACUGCAGUCCCUCCUUUGGUUGUUGCAGCCUUGGAUGUCUUCAACAGAUGAGGUGAGAAUGAUCUGAAGGCCACUGUUAGUGUCACCCCCCCGCAUGCUGCUGUGUCCUGUGCAUCCCCAGAGCAUGCACUGAAUAAAUCCUCCUGUGAAGUCCUG